AUGCGGCAGACAAUGUUUUGUUCCUACUGUGGCAGUCAGCUGGGCACGGGCGUGGCGCCAGCAUUUUGUUCCACCUGUGGGCGAUCACUUGCCUUUCUGCCGUCAGGUGACCAAUCGUCCGCGGCGCUGGGAGGACCACCAACAGGACGUCAGCAUCCUGAAAAUUCUCCAACACUGACGGAGUUUUUUCGUUUCAAAGAAAUAAAAAACAAAGAAAGAUCCGUUAAUUUUACCACUAAAAGAAAGUCUCAGAAGGAUGCAGUAAGUUGUGUACAGAUUAAUGUAGGAAUUAUGAGGGAGUGUGGAGGAAUGUUAAAAAAAGAAAGAGGCAGGACAUUACCACUUCGAAUUUCUUCAAGAAGUUCCAAAAAUGAACUUUUGCAUGCCGCUGAGACAAAACUCUGCACAUUCAACAAUGAUUUACCACCAGGCCCAUAUGUGCUUUUGUAUGCUGAUGGGAGUCUUGUUAAUAAAAUACCAGGAUCUGCAAAUAAUUUUAUACUGCAAAACUACAAAAAUGAAAUUGGCAAACAAUUUAACAGAAUAACAUUCUUCAUCUGCCCAGAGGCUGAAUACAAUAAAUUAGAAAAUGACAGUAGUGAUCCUGAAGAAGUGACUAUUCAUCCAAAACAUAAAAUAGAAGAGGACUUUCUCAAUGAUACCAUGGUACACAAUUAA